GAGUGUGGAGAGCAUCAUGGAGUUUUCUGCAACCGUGGUCUUGGCAGGGCUGAUCUUGGCUCUGCUGUGGCUUUUUACUGUCAAAAACAGUAGUAAGCAUCGUUUGCCUCCAGGACCCUAUGCUCUUCCUGUUAUAGGAAACCUGUUACAGCUAAAUAAGAAUGCACCUUUUAAAACCUUUCUGGAGUUCAGUAAAACUCAUGGUCCUUUGGUGACACUAUAUCUGGGCUGGCAGCGGGUAGUUGUCCUGGUAGGGUAUGACACGAUUAAAGGGGCCCUGGUGGACCAGGCAGAUGACUUUACAGGAAGAGGACCACUGCCAUUUCUGCACAAAUCUACCAAAGGAUAUGGUUUGACGAUCAGCAAUGGGGAGCGCUGGCGCCAGCUGCGGCGCUUCACUCUGUCAACCCUGCGAGAUUUUGGGAUGGGACGUAAAGGGAUGGAGGAGUGGAUUCAAGAGGAGAGCAAACACUUGAGGGACCAUAUACAAUCAUUGAAAGGUUCACCAUUUGACCCCACGUUUUUGUUGGGUGGCACUGUGUGUAACGUGAUCUGCUGCUUAGUGUUUGGCAAACGCUUUGGCUACAAAGAGAAGCAAUUCUUGCACCUGCUUGAAAACAUAUCUGAACUUCCAAGGUUCAAUAGCAAACCUUGGGGUGUGCUGUACAACAUCUUCCCCUGGCUCAUGGAACGUCUUCCCGGUCCCCAGCACACUUUUUUUGCCCGCAAUACGGAACUUAGACAGUUUUUCAUAAAGAAGAUAGAAGAGCACAGAGAUACACUGGACCCGAGCUCCCCAAGAGACUACGUUGACUGCUUUCUUCUCCGAUGUGAUCAGGAAAAGGAAAAUCCCACCACAGAGUUCAUCAAUGAGAACUUGGUCUCAACAGUGAUGAACCUGUUUCUGGCAGGAACAGAAACCACCAGCUCCACCAUCAGAUAUGGCAUCAGUGUGCUGAUCAAACACACAGACGUACAGAAGAAAAUGCAGGAGGAGAUUGAUACAGUGAUUGGAAGAAACCGGUGCCCUAAUAUGGAGGACCGUAAAUCUCUUCCUUUUACCGAUGCCGUUAUCCAUGAGAUUCAGCGUUUUCUGGACUUGGCCCCCUUCAGUCUCCCUCGCUAUGCACCGAAGGACAUCUCUUAUAUGGGUUAUACCAUCCCCAAGGGCACUCAAAUUAUUGUCCUGCUGCAUUCUGUGCUGAAAGAGGAAAAGCAGUGGUCGACACCAAUGUCUUUUAACCCUCAGCACUUCCUGGACCAGAAUGGCAACUUUAAGAAAAACCCUGCAUUCAUGCCAUUUGCUGCAGGGAAAAGAUCCUGUGUUGGCGAGUCUCUGGCCCGAAUGGAGCUUUUUAUCUUUUUUGUAACGCUCCUACAGAAUUUUAAAUUUUCCAGCCCUAAAGGGUCAGACGGUAUCGACCUUAACCCCGAAUACAGCAGCUUUGCCAACAUCCCUCGUAGGUAUGAUUUGAUUGCCACACCGCGGUGAAAAGUGAAGUCUGCCAUCCCCUCAAGUGCAAUUAACAUAAUUUUCAAUUAAGGGUAUUGUUCAUAUAAUAUCUACUGUUUUCUCAUUAACUGUGUACCAUAAACAAGAUAAUUAAAAAAAAACAUCUUUCUCUUUGCUUUUAGUUCUAAGAACUGUUUUCAAGUAUGCACGUCUGUAUUAUGUCUUUUUUUUUUUAGUAUAUAAUUCCUGUAUUUUCUGUGAAAUUGCUUUAUUUGCUUUGCUAGGAAGAAAAAAUAAAUGAAAACUUAUUUUGAA